AUGGAACAUAACCUAAUGCUAUAAAAUUGAAAAGUUUGUCUUGACUCUUGAAUUUGAAAAUUUUUAUUUAUUGUUUUGGUGACUCUUUCAAAAUGACACGUUUGUUCGAGAGUCAUAAAUUGUUCAAUAUUUUCAAAGUGCCUGUUAGAUACAAAAAUCCUGACCAUCACUGGUCAGUGUUGAAGAAAAAAAAAAGAUCUACACAAAAAGCACUCGAUCAUUUUGAUGAUUUUUAUAAAACAGUAUAUGGAGAAGAUUGGAAAAAUAUACGGUCUGCUUUGCUAAAUAAUAAAGAACACAAAUAUGUCGCUAUAGUAAAUAAUUUCAGUGAUGUAGAAAGAAUUAGUCAAGAAUUAGAGACUAUUGGCGCUAUAGAUUUAAAAGCAAUUUACAAAGCUUUCAAAGCAACAAUGAAAAACAAUGAAUUAAAAGAAGAUGAUGAAAUCCACACCAAAGAUCAGAUUACUGUAUUACAAAAUAUUAUCGCUCAAAAACAAGAAGAGGUUACUAAGUAUAAAAAAAUAGAUCCUGAAGAUGAAUAUCCUACUGUAGAAAAAAAGAAACUACCUAUUGAUCAGUUCCAACCGACUCAACUUCAAUCUAUAGAAACAAGUGCAAGCAGUGGAGAUAAUAAAAGUCGUGUAAUCCAAUCAUCAUCUGGUAUCGCAUCUUCUCAAUUAUUUGAGUUUGUUCCUACAAAACAAUUAAUAGGAAUGGAUGAUUGGGUUUUGGAGUCAGAUCAUUAUAAUUAUUACAAGGAAGGUUCUGAUUUUACUAUUAAAGUUGUUGAAGAAUCUGAAUUAAACUUUCCAGAUGCACUAAAAAUUUAUACCUAUGAAGAAGGCAAUCAUUCAAAAUUUCCAAAAGCUAAAACAGGAUCAACAGGCGCUGCAGAUUAUUUUUGCCUUGAUGGAGCUUCCAUUUUCCCAGUACUCUCACUUGAUCUACAACCUCAAGACACAAUGUUAGAUAUGUGUGCUGCUCCUGGUGGCAAAUCAAUGAUGGCUUUACAAACCUUAUAUCCUCGAAUAAUAGUUGCUAAUGAUAUUCAAACUUCAAGGACUAACAGAAUAAAUGACUUUUUAGAGGAAUGUUUACCAGAUAUGGGAGACUGGAGAGAAAAAUUCUUCCUUACUCAAAGUGAUGCAAGACAUAUUGAUGAACAGAAUAUUUAUAAUAAGAUAUUAGUUGAUGUUCCUUGUACAACUGAUAGACAUGUACUUCAUGAAGAUGAAAAUAACAUUUUUAAAGGAACUAGAACUAAAGAAAGAUUAAGGCUACCGCAGUUGCAAAGUGAAAUUUUAGUAAAUGCCUUAAAAAUUGUUGUACCUGGUGGUACAGUGGUUUACUCAACUUGUUCUUUGAGUCCUGUUCAGAAUGACGGAGUUGUACAAAUGUCACUUAAAAGAGCUUAUGAAGAACAUAAUGUUGUGUUUGUUGUAAAAGAUCAAACCAGAGCACUACUGCCCUUAAAAUAUUUAUAUAAUUUUGGAGAUUUUGGAUUGAGAUAUGGUCACAUUGUUGUUCCUUCAAAAAGUAGAAACGCGGGUCCAAUGUACUUUUGUAAAAUGGUUAGAGUGCAAUAAAUAAUUUAGGAACAGUCUGUUCGGGCCUUUCGGAGUCUUGCGAUGACGACGAUUUGACUUUGUUCCACGGCUGUUCUUCGCCCGUGCCGAACAUGGUAUAAAUCAGCAUCUCUAUUAUGUAAAGGCCCACUGUCAUGAAGAAGAUUACUCUCCAUGCUUCGAUGGUUUGCUGUAAAUAUUUGCCAAAGUACAAGUUGUAAAUAAUGUUUUUAAAUUUCAUACGACAUUAAAAAUGAUGUUAAUAAUGACAUGGACUUGUUGAAGCGAUUA